AUGGGGAAUAAGUUAGAAAUAGAGCUACUAUGGGGAAAGAGUGCAGAGGAUCAAUCUGGUGCAGGGAGUGUUGAAUUAGUUUUUUCAACGGUAAACGAUGAGUUGAAACCAAAAUUUAAAAUAGAGUUUGAGUCAUUGGAUGAAGGAUAUACUUUUUACAACAAUUAUGCACUUGUAGUGGGGUUUGGGAUUCGGGAGAAUAGUAAUAAAAAGUCCAGUAAUGGUGAAUGUUGGUUACGGAAAGAAUUUGUUUGUUGCAAAGAAUGCAAGAAGAUGGUGGAUACUAAUCCCAAACCUAAUAAGAAAGGUAGGAGGGGAGAUGCUAGAAUUGAGUGCAAGGCAAAAAUUACGCUGAAUAAGGGAAUUGGUAGUGAAACAUUUACUGCAACAGUUUUCAAUGAAUCACACAACCACCCUAUGUCAAAAAUGUUGAAAGAGCAUUUUGAGGAUGAGAAAGAGAAAAACGAUUCAUUUUAUUUGAAGAUGGAGAUUAACGAAGGCAGAACACUUGGGAAUUUCUUUUGGGCGGAUGCUAAGUCACGACGUGCUUACGACCAUUUUGGUGAUGUGAUUAUGUUUGACACCACUUUCAACACCAAUGUGUAUGGGAUGAUGUUUGCUCCUUUGUUAGGAGUUAACAACCAUGGUCAAACCGCCAAGCCAUUUAAAUAG